GCGACCUAAAUCCACCCAACUAGAUCAGCUUAGAAGCCAAUGAGAAUUACUAGAAUUGUCGUAGAACUAAUCGACCCAAUCGAACAUGAUAUUAUGGGUCGAGGAUGGAGGGGCACUUUCGCCAACUUUAAUUCCCCUCAUCAUUGAAAAGACCUUAAGCUCCAAUACCACCUACUACGUUAUCUCUUCCUCUUCGCUACUUCGCCCUACCCGCAUACUCUAUAUUAUUAUUAUGUUAAAAUCUGGUUGAGCUGAAAAUUUAGGAUCCAUCUCCCAUAUACUUCCUUAAUACAGAGUAACGUCUCUUGGAUAUUAACAUAAAUAUACUAUCAAGAUGGUCGGUCUCGGUCCUCGCAAGCCACCAUCCCGAAAGGGGUCUAUGGCCGAUGUACCCAAAGAUCUUCUUUCCGAAAUCAAGAAACUAGAAGAACAAUUCACUGUUGGAACACCUAAACUCAAGGAAAUCACGAAGCACUUCGUAUCCGAGCUUGCAAAGGGCUUGAGUGUAGAGGGUGGUAGUAUUCCAAUGAACCCAACUUGGGUUAUGGAUUUCCCAGAUGGAUCUGAGACAGGCACUUACUUGGCUCUAGACAUGGGUGGUACCAACCUCCGUGUCUGUGAGAUUACCUUAACGGAUAACAAGUCGGAGUUUGAUAUCAUUCAGUCCAAAUACCGUAUGCCCGAAGAGCUAAAGACUGGUGACUCUGAGGAGCUAUGGGAGUAUAUUGCCGACUGUUUGAAGCAGUUCAUCGAAACUCACCACGGUGAGGUUCCAGAGUCACAGGGGAAGAUCCCGCUUGGUUUUACCUUCUCAUACCCCGCCACUCAGAACUACAUCGAUGAGGGUAUCUUACAGCGAUGGACCAAGGGCUUUGAUAUUGAUGGCGUCGAGGGCCAGAAUGUUGUACCGAUGUUAGAAGCUGCACUGGACCAACAGGGCGUCCCUAUCAAAGUCUCGGCUUUGAUUAAUGACACAACAGGAACUCUUAUUGCUUCCGCCUACACCGAUCCGAAGAUGGCUAUCGGAUGCAUUUUCGGAACCGGCUGCAAUGCGGCAUAUAUGGAGAACUGCGGCUCCAUUCCAAAGUUGGCCCACAUGAACUUGGACCCGAACUUGCCGAUGGCUAUCAAUUGCGAAUGGGGCGCCUUUGAUAACGAACACAAGGUCCUCCCUCGUACUCCUUAUGAUAUCAUCGUCGACAAGGAAUCCCCUCGACCAGGCCAACAGGCCUUCGAAAAGUGCAUCGCCGGUCUUUAUCUUGGCGAAAUCUUCCGCUUAGUCUUAGUUGACUUGCAUGAUAACAAGGAUGUUCAUAUUUUUGAGGCACAGGAUAUCAAAUACCUCCGAAAACCCUAUACCCUUGAUUCAUCCUUCCUCUCGGCUAUUGAAGAUGAUCCUUUCGAGAACUUGCAAGAGACUGCAGACUUGUUCCAUGAGAAGCUCCACUUAACCUGCACUCGUCCUGAACUUGAGCUAAUCCGUCGAACUGCUGAACUCAUCGGCACCCGUGCGGCUCGCCUGUCGGCUUGUGGUGUUGCUGCUAUCUGCACCAAGAAGAACCUUCAACCUUGCCACGUGGGCGCUGACGGCUCUGUAUUCAACAAAUACCCGCAUUUCAAGGCACGAGGCGCACAAGCUCUCCGAGAGAUUCUCGACUGGCCGGCUAAGAAAAACUCUAAAGAGGAAGACCCGGUUGAGAUCCUCGCCGCCGAAGAUGGAAGUGGUGUUGGCGCUGCUGUUAUUGCCGCUCUUACGCUGAAGAGAGUGCAGAAGGGUAACCUUGCUGGUAUUCUGCACCCCGAAAAUUUUAAAUGAGCGACGAGAUGGUGCGAGGAGGUAGCGUAGUAAAACUGCAAAGAAGCAAAAGAUGAGGGCAUGUCCCUUAUAAUGAUAGACAUAGAGAAUGUGGUCCAAACAACGCAAAAAAAAAGAUAAUAGGUGUCUGGCUACGGGACUAGAAAAUGUGGCACGGAGUUCAGCCCAUUAGGGUGCAGGUCGGUAGUCGAUACUCUAUCACACAGGUUAGCAUGCUUUCAAAAAAAAAAAAACGUUGCAAGACCA